AUGCGUUCGUCCGUCGUACUAUUUGGCGCUUUUUGCGGCCUCUCAACAGCAAAUCCGCACCCAUGGAUGUACGGUGUUCCGGACUAUCCUGACCUUGAUAUGAACGAGGUCAUGACGCAAGCAGAUGUAGACCUGAUGAUGGCAGCAGCAGUUGAAAACAGUACUACCGCCUCGGGUUCAGAAGGUGCUCUGAACUCGUCGACCCCCUCAUCGGCUUCUCCUGGACAAGAACCUUGUGCGGUUGUCAGUAUGGCCAUAGCAGCUCUACCCUCUGGGGCCCGACCUGUCGUUCCUGCAGAGUUGGGAGUAAAAUGUCUGCAGUCUGUGCCUCUUGACAAGGAAGGAAAUGUCAAGUUGAUCGACGAUCUGAAGGUCAUGGUCAAAUGGCAAUCGAAUGUCGCUUACCUCAAAAACCCGCCAAAAGAAUACACCGAAGAGCCUGUCGACAUCAUAGGCGAGCUGGACACGAUGCAAAAACAAGUCGCCGCCGGUGGCUUCAAGACCGAAUACGACUUCCAGCUGAAGAUGCUGAACCUCUUUACCAAAGCUUACGAUAAUCACUUUGCUUAUCAACCCGAUAUUCUUGCUUCGGCGAUGCAAUUCCAAAGACCCACGGGAUCGGAAUUGGUCUCUAUUUCUUCGGAUGGCGUGGCACUUCCAGAGAUAUAUACGUACAGAGAUGUUGUGAAAGCCAACAACGAUUCUUCCUUCAAGCCAUCGCCGGUCAAGAUGAUUAACGGCAUGAGCGCUCAGAGCUAUCUGGCGAACGUGUCUGCUGAUUCUGAUUUCCACGAUGCAGACACACGAUGGAAUGCGCUUUUCCCUUCUCAGGCUCUUCUUGCAUCUGGUACUACCUUUCUUGGAAGUUUCAGAACUGGGCAAUAUCAGGGUCCGAAUACAACCAUGGAGUUUGCCAACGGGACUACCUGGUCGAGUAUGAAUGUCGCUGUCGUUUUUGGAAAUUUUACUGGUGUUGAUAGCGGUGAGGCCUUUUUUCAGAGGUUCUGUACAGGGCCAAAGCCUGUUUCUGCUGCUCCUGCUCCCUCACCUACUAGCAACUCUACAAGGACUGUGACUCCCACAGCUACGCCGAGUCCCUCGCAUAUUGGUUAUCCAAAGGCUGAGCUGAUCAACUCAAAUCUCGCGGUUGGAGGCUACUAUCUCAAUGGCGCAGGAUACGAGGAUGUUGCCGUUCUGAGUAUCCCGUCCUACGAAUCUCCUAAUGUUCAGAGCUUCCAAAACACCAUGCGGGACUUCAUAAGGAUGUCGCAAAAAGCGGGUAAAACGAAGAUGGUCUUUGAUUUACGAGGCAAUGGUGGAGGCAAUGCGAUUCUCGGCUACGAUACUUUCAAGCAAGUAUACCCACAGGCAGCCGCAGAGCCCUUUGGCGGCACACGCUUCCGCGCAAACGAUGCUCUAAACGCUGCUGGUAAAAUCACCGAAAGCUUCCUCGCCAACAAGACGUACGUACAAUCUAACCAAACCGCUUUUGUGGAAGCGUUUGGUCGCGGUGCUACACAAGACGAUAUCUUUGGUUUCACAGCCGGGUUCAACUAUCAGCACAUUCUCGAUGUCAAUAAUAAAGCCGCAACUGGAUGGAAUCAACUCUUUGGUCCACAGCAAGCGAACAACGAUUCUUUUACUACAACCCUUCGGUACAACUUCUCGGACAGUAUUAGUACAACAUAUAAUGGCUUCUCUGUAAUCGGCUACAACGACAACGCCAAUGAAACCAGCACACCACAACCCUUCCAAGCACAAGAUAUGGUCAUGCUACACGACGGGAUGUGUUCCUCAACAUGCGCCAUUGUCUCCGAACUACUCAAGAACCAAGGCGCAGUCCGUACAAUCGCCAUUGGCGGACGCCCUCAAACUGGUCCGAUGCAAGGUGUAGGCGGCACCAAGGGCGCUCAGGUCUUCUCGUGGGACGAUAUUCAAAUUCGCAUGCAAGCCGUCUACUUCCUCGGCUCACCCGAUGAACAAAAAGCCUGGAUGAACAUGGAUCUUGGUAAGACUGCUUUCGCCACACAACUCUUCAGGCGAUCUGCGUACCAAGGCGGACGUAUCGCUGGCGGCGUCAAUCUCAAAGACAACCUGAGACAGAACGAUGCUAGUGCCACUCCCCUGGAGUUCAUGUACGAAGCUGCCGAUUGCAGAAUGUGGUUCACUGGUAAGAUGAUUACCGAUGUUACCCAGGUGUGGAAGGGCGUUGCUGAUCGCAUGUUCCGUGGAAACGGCACGAUGGGUUGUGUUCAGGGAAGUACAAUGGAUCCCUCCAGUGUUAGUGGUGGAGGCCAGUUAAGGGGUGGGGAUGGAAAGGUGACGAUGAAGAGCGAGAGCACAAUUGCUGUUGCGGGACAAAGUGCGAGUGGAAACGGCAGUGCGCCGCAACAGUUCACUGGUGGUGCGUUUAAGACAACGGUGGGCAGUCUAGGUUGGGGCGUUGUGGCUGGCGCCAUAAGCCUGUUCCUGGCCUUGUAA